AUGUUUAGUUUUAUAAUGCAAAUAUUUUUAACAAUGGUGUUUCAAUUAGCUUUAUUAGUCCGGAUAAUAAACGGGCAAUAUAGGUUGAAUGAUGAAAGAAAAUUUGUAAAUAAAUAUAAACCUCAUUAUCAUGACGAAGAACUGGUUGAAUUGUUAUAUGACGUAAAUGAUCUCUUAUUGCCCAACCCAAAUCACGAGUCUACCGAAAUUGCUGUCCUUCAUAAGGAGAAUUUAUCAAAUUUACCGUUUCCUUCAGUUGGCAUAAAUGGAUUGGUGCGGCACGGGUACGUCUUCUACAAGGAGGAAGACGAAAAAAUAUAUAAUACAAAGUUCAUCGAAGCGUCGAAAAUGGCUGACGACAUUUUUUCAGAGUGGAAAAAUCAGAGUCUGAUGAGUGAUUUACUAAUGCAUUAG